AUGGGCGGCGGCCAGGGGAAGGUGGCCGACGGCCACGCGCACAUCGAGGCCUGCGACCACAGCCCCAUCUUCGCCUGCUUCGACAAGCUCGGAGACGCCGCCGAGGCGGCGUCGUGCAAGGAGGAGGUCGCGGGCUUCUUCACGCGGAAGACGCCCAUCAUGCCGAAGCUGCACCGCGAGGUGCGCAACGCGACGGCGGGCAAGCCCGGCAUCCUGGCCUACCUGUCGCUGGGCCUGCUCAUGGUCGUGCUCACGCUCGUGCGCCUCUGCCGGCGGCGGCGCAAGUUCAGCGCGAAGCAGCUCGACGCCUACCACGACUGGAAGAAGGGCACGGCCGAGGGCAAGCUCGAGUCGAAGCUCGCGCGCAUGCAGCAGAAGCUCGAGGGCAUGCGGAGCCGGCGCAAGGUCGAGGAGGGCCGCGACGCGCACGAGCGGCUCCUGAAGAAAGCCGAGGAGCUCCGCGAGGUCCGCGGCCGCGAGGUCUACGGCGACGACUGGGACGACCCCAAGGACGGCGUGCCCAUCCGCGACCUCUUCGCGCUCAGCGACGUCGAGGUGCGCACCCUGCAGACGGAGGCGCGCAACGCCCGGGCCGUCGACGCCGAGCGCGCGCUCGACCGGGCCGAGAACGGCGCCGCGAAGCCGAAGAAGCCGCCGCCGCCGCCGGGGCCGCCGCCGGCGACGUCGAAGCCGCGGAAGCCGCCGCCGCCGCCGGGGCCGCCGCCGCCGUCGGCCUUCGCGCCCCUCGACGGCGGCCGCGCGCGGCCGCCGCGGGGCGUGGCCUACGUCGCGACGCCGCGCGAGGCCUUCGGCGACGACCCCGAGGCGGGCCUCGCGCGCGGCGGCGACGGCGGCUCCGCC